AAUUUACAGUAAUGAUGAACGAUCCUGAACGUGCCGUUACUCUGCGCAGCCUGAUUGAAAACGAGAUUCCGGAUGGCCGAGCGAAUCUGGAAAGCAGUUGUUCAAAUUUAGAACGGGUCGCUGCUUACUGUGAAGCCAGUUAUGCACAGGCACCAGAUAAAAAAGCGGCAUUUGAUGAAACGAGACGAUAUGUGGUGCAAAGUCUCGCUAGUGUAGCAUAUCAAGUGAAUACCUUAGCUUAUGCUCUGCUGCAUGCACUCGAUUUGCAGACUAAUAAAAUCAGUAAUAUGGCAUCGCAGGUUCACAAUGUAGGAGAAAUCAUUGCAAUUCAUAAAGAAAAAGUGGCGAGGCGUGAAAUCGGGUUAUUAACAAUAAACAAAUGUGCUCAGAGGAAACAUAAAGUUAUUGCUGUUGGAGUUCAGGAACCUCUUCAACGUUACCAACGUACUCCAAUCGAUUAUUCGGUACUGGAUAAUUUGGGACAUGGUGUUAAAACUCCCGAGCUAGCGAAUCGGUCACUUGUUACACGUGUAGCCUCAACUCCAUCUCAUGGAAACACUAGUGCACAUUACCCAGUUUUCCCAAAUUUUGAACAAUUGCUCCCUAAAGCAAAUAUCACUGCCACGCUUUCCCGCUCGUCGACAACGCGUGGAGAUCACUAUCGUACGCCGCAAGUAGCGACUACUCCAAUCAUAGAUCCUCAAAGAUUUUCUUCUGUUACACACGGAAGCCAGAACUACAACGGUAUUUCAAAUACAUCGAAUUACGGUACUAUAAGCAGGAAAAGAGAUUCACAGCAAUCAGUACCUCUUCCUCCUCCUCAGUUGGCAUCGGUAGCCCAAUACAGGUUAUCAGCGAAUAGUUUAGAUGGACUUCCACCACCGCCUAUUUCUGUAAUGAUGGACAAUGAACCACUGCCACCUCCUCCGAUGCAAGCUACGAUGACACCAAUUUAUGAGUCAGCAUUGUCAAAAAACCAUCCCACAUCUACUAACGACCGUUCGCCAUUUCUGCUGGAAUCUCCAUUUGAUCGUUCAUAUGAUUGGAUUCCGAAAGUUUACAUCGAGAAGGCAGUUGCGCUAUAUGAUUAUGAAGCAGAAAAACCGGACGAAUUAACCCUUAGAGAAAACUGCAUUGUUUAUGUUUUGCGGAAGAAUGAAGAUGGUUGGUACGAGGGUGUACUUAAUGGAUGCACUGGAUUGUUUCCGGGAAAUUAUGUUGAAACAAUUAAUUGAU